AUGAGAGGUUCUAGAGGGUCCCAGUCUAGUAAAUGUGUUUAUAAAUGUUACUUAUAUGGCAAUUGGGGUAUUUUUAGUUUAUUCUCUAUUAUAUUAGGUUUAUCUGGUGCCCCAUUUAUUGGGGUAUUUUUUACAAAGCAUUUGUUAUUAACUAAUAUCAUGAAUGUAAAUAAAGUAAUUUUAUCAAUAGUUAUAUUGAUGUGUGUAUUUAUCUCUUAUUUUUAUUCUUUUCGAUUUUGUUCUAUAUUAUUAAAAACUUUAUCUAGGAGAGUAGUUGGUGUAAUGUACUGUUUUAAAAGCGGCUUGAUUAUGUUUCAGAUUAUAUCUUGUUUUACAGCAUAUGUUAUGUAUAAAAGUAAUAUAUUAGUUAAUUGGAGAAAAUUACCCUUUUUAGGUUGUUUUAUAUUAUUAGGUUCUAGGUUAGUGGCUACUUCUUACCAUCAUUUAAUAUGUUGGAUAAAUUUGGUUUUGACUAUUAUAUUGGGGUCUUCGUUUGUUCUUUUACAGUUGUUUGAAUUUGAAGAAAUAAUUGUUAGAAUAUAUGAUACUACUUUCCAUGCUAGCUGUUUUUGUACGGUUGGUUUACAUUUUAGUCAUGUGCUGUUGGGUGUUAUUGGAUUAGUAACAGCAUUAGUUAUUGGACUUGAUAUUUUUGGUUAUUAUCGUAGAUCUAUAAUUGUUUGA